AUGUGCCGCUUCACGCUUUGGCUCUGUCUCCCCGUGGACUGCAUCUUGGGAAAGGUCUUCUUCAGCACGGAGGCAGUACCAGGCGAGCUGAGGAAGCUGAAGUCUGGAGAGAGACUCUUUUUGCUGCUGAAGAAACGCGCCCCACUGGCGGUUUCUCGAAAUAAAGGGAAAAUACUGCAUGAGAUUAAAAGCCUUGUCACUGAGGAGCCAAAGUAUUGGCUGGAUGUUGUCUCUAUUUGGAGAAACUUUCAUGGGCAUGAGGGGAAAGAAGAUGAAGUCUCUCAAGAAAACCGAUUGCCUCUGAAGAGAAAAUCAGAAGAAGAGACAAAUAUUACAACUAAAAGGCAGAAAAUGGAACAAGUGAGAGAGACUGUGUCUGAGGAAUGUCAGGCAGGAGAGAAGUGUGUGGUACCAGAGAGAAAGAGCAAUCAAGACUGCUGGACUGAAAGCAAGACUUCCUUAGAAGACCCUUCCAAAAGCAGUGGAGAGAAGCCUAUUGUGAAUAGUGAGCAGCUUAGCUUCAGUUUCAGGGUUUCUUGUCGUUGUAGUGGAGCGAUUGCCAAAAUACUUCCUUCACAGGAGAUCGGAAGAGCCAUCGGCGUAGCGCUUAUGAAGCAGUGUGGGUGGCGGGCUGACCUGCGGGACCCCGAUCUAGAGGUCUUUGUACAUCUCAAUGACAUUCACACUGUGGUGGGGAUUCCCCUUUUCAGGCUUCCGUUGGCAAACAGAGAGUAUAUCAAAACAGCAGGACUGCGGUCAACAGUUGCGUGGGCUAUGGCAUCUCUGGCUGAAAUCAGUGCAGGUGCCUUUGUGCUGGAUCCCAUGUGUGGGCUGGGAACGAUACUGCUGGAAGCUGCCAAAGAGUGGCCUGAAGCCUGUUACUGGGGUGCUGAUAUAAGUGAUUCACAGUUAGAGGGUGCGGAUGUGAAUAUUAGGACUGCAGGCCUGAUGGAUAAGAUUGAGUUACUUAAAGCUUCUGUGAAAGCAUUGCCAUUGCCUUCAGAAAGCUUUGAUGCUGUGAUUUCGGACAUUCCAUUUGGGAAGAAGUUCAAGAUCACGAAAGACAUACAGAUCCUACCGGAUAUUCUCCAGGAAAUGGAGAGAGUACUUCGUGUUGGAGGCACUGUUGUGUUGCUGCUGAGCCAAGAUCUCCAUAAGCGCAUGGAUGGCAUUACCAAGUGUGCUGAAAAUGACUCUCCUAAUGCCGUUUCUGAUGACGCAAGUGAAACCGCUGCUGCAAGACCCCUGAAUGUUGAUGGGAAUUCUUCCUCCUUGGUGAAUGGUGUUGAAGAAUCCCAUCUCAGCAGCCGACAGAUGCGUUUUGGGUCUCUGGUGCCAGAUGGCGUCUAUGGAGUUAGUCUUGGAAAGACGGAUGCUUUCAUAUACAAAUACAGAAAGAUCUCUACUGCUGGGAAUCGGUAGCUUUCUUGCGCUGUGUUAAAGUGAACUCGAAUCCUGAUACACUUGAAA